AUGACAUGCUAUCUACCAUCGUCACUCAAAGCUCGGUCUUUAGCUUGGUCGCCGGAGUUUGCUGGGUUCCUGCAGAGAACCCAUGAAAACGGAGACCAAAGUCAGUGUGGAAUUUCAAUAACUUUCAGUCUGUACACAGCUCAUGAACACAAAUUCAAAGAACAGUUUAACACAAUUUAUGUCAUUCAACGCGAGCUCAUGAACAAGAGGUCUGCAUGUCCAGACUCCAGAGCUGCCGCGAGCUCAGGGGGCCGCGUGAUAAAGAUGCUGGCCGGAUUGCCAGACAGCGCUUGCUGUAUGCCACUCAGCGCUGAGCAGGCACCGGUACAUCAAGAAGCUGUCAAUUAUUUCUGGGCAAAAACAGAUUCUGCCAGCCGUAAUGCAGUACAGAUAUAUCGUCAGGAUGGAGAAGGGGGUCCCCAGGGUGUUUAA